GAAGAGUCUUUGAUUCUAGUGUAGGUUUCUGCAGUUUUGCUGUUGGAUUUGGUAUUUAUCAAUUAGGGUUUUGUUUUGUUUGUGUGCUUCCGUGUUUAGUGACCAUGGCAUCCUCAAAGUCGUUCGUGUCUCUGUACGAGAACUCCCCUGUUGUUGGCGAGCCCUUUAGCCAGAGACGGGGUCUUACCCUCCAGAAUUCCGGCAGCUUAUCAGGGGGGAAUGGCGUCCAUGAAAAGGAAGCCAUAGUAGCAGAUUCUGAAGGCUUCAUCGGUGUUCUUGAAGUUUACGUACAUCAAGCUAGGGAUAUCCAUAACAUCUGCAUAUACCACAAGCAAGAUGUCUACGCCAAGCUUUGCUUGACGAGUGACCCUGAAACUACUGUGUCCACCAAGAUCAUCAACGGCGGAGGGAGGAACCCAGUUUUCGAUGAUCAUCUACAGCUCAAAGUUCGGACUCUAGAGUCAUCUCUCAAAUGUGAGGUCUGGAUGUUAAGCAGGGUGAAGAACUAUCUUGAAGAUCAGUUGCUGGGCUUCGCAUUGGUGCCUCUGUCUGAUGUCCUCGUGGGGAAUGGGAAGCUGGCACAAGAUUUCUCCCUCUCUUCCACAGAUCUCUUCCAUUCUCCAGCUGGGUUUGUCCAAUUGGCGCUCUCCUACAGUGGAGCAUCACCAGAUGUCUUGGAGAUUCCCUCUCCGGUGGCGUCUGCGAAUGCGAAAGCUGCCGCUGCGCCUGAUUCUGAAAUACCGGAUUCAAUCUCCUCUGAAUUCGAUAAGAUCGAGUUCCCAGAUCCUAACAUCGUCAAUGAAAACCAACUGAUGGUUUCUGAGUAUUAUGGUAUCCCAUGUAGCCCCUUGGACUCCCAGAGCUCCGAGAGCUUGGCCACUUCAGAGACCGAUAAUCACCUUAGUUCCAACGUUGGUGAUGGUGCUCAUGUGGUUGAAAGCUUCUCAACGGGUAGCUUGGAUUCCCUUGAAGUUCAGAAGAGUGAUACUCCGCCGAGCAGUGUUUCGACUAAUGGGUCUCCCCCUGCUUCAAUUCCUAGAAGUUUUCAAUCCGUCCCUGAUACUCCAGGAGAUAGAAAUUCUUCAGUUGAGGAGCGCCAAUCUCCAGUGAAAGAGAAAGGAGCCAACGUUGGAGAGGCUGAUAGUGAAGCCUCUAGUGGAGUGCCAAGCAGCAAAUUUUCGAAACCGCUCGUCAGUGUAAACAUUGAACCAGAGCCAACGAUGGUGCAGCAGGAUAUUGUGGACAUGUACAUGAAAAGCAUGCAGCAAUUUACAGAGUCUUUGGCAAAGAUGAAACUCCCACUGGACAUUGACAACGAGCCUAACAAAUUGGGAACUGCAACUCCCAAGUCAAACUCUGAUCUGAAAUCACCAGCUUCGAAGGGCACUGGCUCCAGAGUGUUUUAUGGAAGUAGGGCUUUCUUCUGAACUCUGACUUGGGUCAGUUUGAUGGAUACACAGGUGACUUAGAUUUUAGAAUCAAACACUAAUAGUAGUAGCGAGUAAGGGAGCUUUGUACUUCAGUUUGUAGUGGAACUUUACUUUACUUUUGUGUGCUGGAAUACUCCAGAGGUGACUGGGAAAGAACACUUUGUAUGUGUUAUUACAUUUGUUCUUACCACAGUUCCUAUCGCCAUGUAUUUGAUUAGUCUAUCAUCAUCUUUCCUGCUUUUUUCUAGUGAUUUGGUUACUUUUUCAUUA